GCCUAUCCUUCUCACUUCCAAGUAUGUACCAAUGAAUUAAAUCCAUUUGACAUAAUUAUAUUUUUCCUCUGCAAGGCCUUAGAUUUCAGUGAUGAUGAAAAGGAAAAAGAAGCCAAACAGAGGAAAAAAUCUCAGAUUCAGGGCCGGAAAAAAUUCAAGUCUGAAUCUAAUGAAUCAAGUGAAAAUUUUUCAGAAGUACAUCAGAAUUGGAAUGUUCAUAGCUCUGCUUCAGAGCAUUCAAAAGGAUAUCGUAACAGAGAAUUCUCACGAGGAUUUUCCCGGGGUAGAUAUCCUCGACCUUGCCACGGCAGGCCUCCAUCGCCACAGUUUUAUAACUCUGAGCAUAUGGUGUUUCAGGAGACUUCAGGAUUUCCACCUCAGAGACAAGAGAAUCCUAUCAUGCCACAGUAUCCCUUUCCUCCUCCAGUGUUUGACAUGCACAGUUUUUCACUCCCUCCUCCUCUACCACCACUCCCUCCACCUCCACCACCUGCAUCUGUAAACCUGGGGUGGGCUGCACCUAACAUGGCACCUCAUCCAUUAAUUCCCUUACCAUACUCCAUUCCCCCCCCCCCCCCACCACUGCCUCCACCCCCCUCUUCUGGGGAUAGUACUUCUUCCCAUUUUGGAUCCUACUACUAGGUGACUGUAUACGUUUCUGGAGAAAUCUGGAUUUUUUAUAUUAUAUGGGAAGAAUUUUUUUUUUUUUUUUUUUUAAAGAAAGCAGUUAGGGGGCUAGAUUUUUAACAUUGUAAAAUACUAAAUGAUUCCUUCAGUUGUAAGUUGAUAUAUAUUUGUAAUCUUUGUGAAAUUGUAUCCAUAUGAAAAUUUCACUUUUGUGGAGGAGAAAAUCUAACUAUGUAAUAUUUAAUUAAAACUGAAUCCAUGUUUUCCCUAUCCCUGCUCAAUUUAACAGUGUAUAUAGGUCUAAUAGAUCUGGAGCAACUUUCAUCAUGGGUUAAAAUAUAUUGAACACAUCGAUUGUCUUCUUGGUAUAUCUGAAAAUAAGAUGUUGAAAUCUUGUUGAGAGUCUUUAAAAUAAACUAUUUUUACAAAUGUA